AUGGUGAAAAAAUACCAGCAUGUCCUGUCAUUGGCAUUUGCUGUGAAAGAGAUAAAUGAGAACCACAAGAUCUUACCCAACAUCACCUUGGGGUUCCAUGUCUAUGACAGUCACUUUGAUGCACAGGUUACCUACUGCAUAUAUGCUCCAGCAGUGAAUGAUGUAACUCAUCAUUUCCCCCUAUAUCGCAUGGUCCCCAAUGAAGAACAUCAGUACACUGGAAUUGUCAAGGUGCUUCUUCAUUUUCAGUGGAAGUGGGUUGGGAUCAUGGCCAUGGAUGAUGAUAAAGGAGAAAAGUUUGUCCAGAUGAUGAAACACAUGUUUGCUCAGAAUGGUAUCUGUACAGGCUUCACUGAAAGAAUGCCAAUCCAGAGCAACAUUUUAGGUGUUCUUAACUUCCACGACAUGUUUAUAAAUAUGACAACAUUGCUAAGCAAGACAAGUGUCAAUGUAUGCAUCGUAAGCGCUGACACUCAUAUGAUACUAGAUUUACAGGUGGUCCUGAACCUGGGUGUUGAGAACAUGUUGCCUAUUAACAAGGUGUGGAUAAUGACAGCUCACUGGGAUUUUUCAGUCCACCCAUUCCUUAAAAAACUGGACAUUCAGGUCUUCCAUGGCACCUUAUCCUUUGAGGUUCACUCCAAUGAGGUGCAGGGGUUCCAGAAUUUCCUUCGGAGACAUGACUCUGAUAGUGAUGGCUUUAUCAGGAUCUUCUGGGAACAAGCAUUCAGCUGCUUAUUUCCAGGUGCUGAUAUCGGUGAGGAGACCAGUGAAAGUUGCAAUGGAAAGGAGAAGUUAGAGAGCCUUCCUGGACCUUUCUUUGAAAUGAGUAUGACAAGUCAAAGCUACAGCAUCUAUAAUACUGUCUAUGUUGUGGCACACGCUUUGCAUGCUCUUUAUUCAUCCAGAAAGAGACAUGGAACAAUGGUGGGUGGAGAUCAUCUGGAGGCUUCUAAGUCACAACAUUUCAAGCUUUAUCCUUUUUUGAGGAGUGUCUCAUUUAACAACAGUGCUGGAGACAAGGUCUCUUUUGAUGAGAAGGGUGGAUUGUUAGCUGGAUUUGAUAUUAUCAAUUGGGUAACUUUCUCAAACCAGUCCUUCCUAAAAGUGAACGUAGGGAGAAUGGACCCUCAGUCGCCGCUGGGCAAACAGUUCUUCAUUAAUAAAGGAACCAUUUCAUGGCACAGCCAAUUUAAACAGGCUGUGCCUCUUGCCUUGUGUAAUGACCCCUGCUACCCAGGCUCCAGCAGAAAAAGGAAGGAAGGGGAGCCAUUUUGUUGCUAUGAUUGUGCUCCAUGUCCAGAAGGGAAGAUUUCAAAUGAGAGAGAUAUGAAUGAUUGCUUCCACUGUCCAGAAGAUGGGUAUGCCAACAAGGAGAGAAACCAGUGCCUUCUGAAGGGUCAAAACUUCCUGUCUUAUGAUGAACCUUUGGGAAUCAGUAUGACUGUUUUGGCUCUGGCUCUUUCUGCAGCAACAGCUUUAGUUCUUGGAAUCUUCAUCAAGCACCGGAACACUCCCAUUGUCAAAGCCAACAACCGGAACCUCAGCUAUGCUCUGCUCAUCUCCCUCCUGCUCUGCUUCCUCUGCUCCUUGCUAUUCAUUGGCCGGCCCCAGUUUCUGACUUGUCAUUUGCGACAAACUGCUUUUGGUAUCAUCUUCUCAGUGGCUGUUUCUUCGGUCUUGGCAAAAACCCUCACUGUGGUUCUGGCUUUCAUAGCCACUAAGCCAGGGUCCAAGAUGAGGAAAUGGGUGGGGAAAAGGGUUUCAAACUCUGUAAUCUUCUGUUGUUCUUUUAUCCAAGCAAGCAUUUGCAUGGUCUGGUUAUGUACAGACCCUCCAUUCCCAGAUUUGGACAUGCACUCUCUGCCUGAAGAAAUCGUAGUGGAAUGCAAUGAAGGAUCAGCCAAUAUGCUCUACUAUGUUCUUGGUUACAUGGGAUUUUUGGCUCUUGUCAGCUUCAUUGUGGCUUUCUUUGCUCGGAAAUUGCCAGACACAUUUAAUGAAGCCAAAUUUAUCACUUUCAGCAUGUUGGUGUUUUGCAGUGUGUGGAUGUCUUUUGUACCAACUUAUCUGAGCACCAAAGGGAAAUACAUGGUGGCUGUGGAGAUCUUCUCCAUCUUGGCCUCCAGUGCUGGGAUACUGGGUUGCAUAUUCUUCCCUAAAUGUUAUAUAAUUGUCCUGAGGCCUGAACUGAACAGUAAAAAUCAGCUAAAAAAGAGAAAUAAAUGA